AUGGCCGACAUUGAGUAUCUAAAGGGCCUCGAGGCGGUGCGUGAGAGAGCCCACCUGGUCCUGGGAGCGGCUGAGAGAAACGAACUCUCCCACUUUGAUUAUGAUCCUUCCAAGAUGUCUGAAGUGGCGGACUUUGUUGCUGGUGUGAUUACACGAGACUUUGGCCCGGAUCGAUACGACCAGAUUCCCCCGCACGGAAGGUGGCAACACUUUGAUGUUGGCGGUGUUGCUCGGGUGGACGAGUUGAUCAAAAAAUGGAAACUCAAGGGGUUGAACAAGCUCGAGACUACGCGUCGGCUGAUAGAUCUCUUCUUUGUGGCGGUUCUGCUGGAUGCUGGGGCAGGAGAUGUCUGGAAAUUCGCUGAGCCUAAUACCGAUAACGCAUAUGGCAGAAGUGAGGGCAUUGCUGUUGCAUCGCUGUACAUGUUCAAAUGUGGGGCGUUCUCGAGCAACCGGGGGAACGACGUUGAAUUGGUCGAUGGACACGCUUUGAUGGCUCUUGAUGUUGCAAGCUUCGAGAAGCAUUUUCAAAUCACAGAGAAGAACCCCCUUGUCGGAGCUGCCUCCCGCGUCAAUCUGUUAAAGAGCGUGGGUAAUUCCCUUCUUAGUCUCCCCGGAUUCUUCGGAGACAAUGGUCGACCAGGGAAUCUCGUUGACUACUUGGUAGAUCAGGCAGGCGGAUCAAAGGAAUUGGACUUCACCACACUCUGGACUAUCUUGCAAGGAACACUACUCCCAGCCUGGCCCAGAAACCGCACUAGGAUUGGAGAAAUUCCCAUCGGCGAUGCGUGGCCUCUGAAAAUCCUAUCAAAGCUGAACGCUGAAAAGGAGAGUGAAAAGGUGUAUCGAACGCUACACAUUGCACCUUUCCACAAGUUGACGCAAUGGCUCGCCUACUCACUCACGGUACCUUUCAUGCGUGUCCUCGAUAUGCAGUGGAAGAAUUUGGAAAAGGGAACGGGUCUCCCGGAGUAUCGCAACGGAGGUUUGUUUGUUGACCUGGGUGUUCUCAAGCUCAAGGAAGAGGCCUUAAAGGCUGGAUUGGCUGCGUCACAAAAGGAGCUUCCUAGUUAUGAGGCUACCAGCGAUGUGAUAGUGGAGUGGCGAGCAUUGACUGUGGCUCUGCUUGACAAGCUUCAUGAGCUUAUCGGGGCUCAUUUUGCCAGUCAAGGGGUCAAGCUGAGCAUGCCACAGAUGCUGGAGGCUGGGUCUUGGAAGGCAGGUCGAGAGCUGGCCGCGAAGUUCAGACCCGAGACUAAGUCGAGUCCUAUACUGAUAGAAGGGGAUGGCACUCUAUUCUAG